AAAAUUCCUUCAAACAAUGUCUCUGAGAAUUUUGACUCUCUAUAACGGUCCACAUUGCCUCCACUUCUCUAUAAAUUCCCGGACUCCUCCUUCUUCCCCUUCACAUAACCAGAAGAAGAGCAAAAUGCGUUGCCGGUACACUUUCUUAUCCUUAUUUAGCCCUUCAGCUUUUCUCUCCAAUGUCGACAGCCGCUUCCUUUCUCCUUGUCCCGCCUCCUCCACUUCCCUCCUCUUACAGGAAAUUGACCCAAAAACCGGUUCUGCUGGCCAACAGAGAAAUUACUCUGUUCAAGUUGCUGGGAAUUUUUCCGAACAGCUUGUGGGCGAUGUUUUGGUGAAGCGGAGAAGCGUGGCUGGGGUCGACCAGGAAGAGCUUCUGGACCCGGAGAAGCUCGCUGAGCCUGAUAGCCUCUUCUCUGAGUUAAAUGGGGUGAGAAUCCAUCAUAAAAUAUGCCAUCUUGAUGCCGACGAAGAGGAAAAGGAGGGAGCUUUUCGAGGCAAGUUUGGAUUGCCGAUGAUCUUAUUGCAUGGUUUUGGGGCGUCGGUUUUCUCUUGGGCUAAAAUAAUGAAGCCUCUGGCUCGGUUGAUCGGCUCAAAGGUUCUGGCUUUUGAUAGACCGGCAUUUGGUCUGACAUCAAGAACUAGCAAUAUUAAGAACCGGGAAUUUGUUGCUGGUGAGGAAAAGCCAUUGAAUCCAUACUCAACGGCUUUCUCUGUGCGGGCUACACUUUCCUUCGUAGAUAUGUUGGGAGCAGGGAAAGCUAUUUUGAUGGGGCACUCUGCUGGUUGUUUGGUAGCAGUGAACACAUACUUUGAAUCUCCUGAGAAAGUUGCUGCAUUGAUUUUGGUUGCUCCGGCAAUCUUUGCACCCCUUAUCAUGAAGAGAGAAGCGAAGGGUGGUGCAGUGGAGAAGAUGAAGAAGGAUGGGGAUGGUGAUUUAGAUUUGGGUGAAUUUGAGAAUCCUUCUACCAGGAUUUGGCGUGGUUUUUGCAAGUUUUGGGGGAUUAUUGCAGGAUUUAUACUUCAAAUUUUAAGUGGAAUGGCUGGUAUGGUCAGUUCAUUAUUUGCUAAGCUUGUGGUUGCUGUCUUAAGAUCAGCAUUUGCUAUCAUGCUGGUGAGGGUAAUCAUGGAUAAAUUUGGCUUAUUAACUAUCCGAAAAUCAUGGUAUGAUGCAAGCCAAAUUACUGAUGAUGUAAUAAAAGGCUACACAAUGCCAUUGAGAGCUAAAGGUUGGGAUAGUGCCCUUCUGGAGUUUGCGAUAGCUAUGUUAAUCGGUUCUGCUUCAAAACCAAAGCCAAAGCCUUCCUUUUCAAAGAGGCUUUCUGAGAUCAAAUGUCCAGUAUUGAUUGUCACCGGUGACACGGACCUCCUUGUUCCUUCUUGGAAUGCUCGGAGGUUAGCGCAGGCCAUACCUGGUUCCACACUUGAAAUCAUCAGAAAGUGUGGACACCUACCACAUGAAGAAAAGCCAGAAGAAUUCCUCUCAGCAAUUGAAAAUUUUUUGUACAGAACUUUUGGUGCCAGAGAAAGACAGUUUACAGAGGUGACAGCAUGAGGAACAGCAAUUCUAGUGAAGAAAGUUUGCUGCAAUUAUGAAGGCAGAACAUGUAAAGAAGACUCCCUAUGGCUAAUAGCAUUUAUUUUUUUCCCAUUCACCUCAAUUAUGAAGAUAAAAUAUCUGAAGAGGUCAUUUAUUUCUUCUCAUACCACCCAACGACUUCUUGCUUGAAAGUAAUAUAAACAAGUAUAUCUUGUGGGGAUGGCUGGCUUUGGUCCUGUAUUCUUUGCGUUUGUUCUGGUUACUCUUCUAUGGAUGAGAGAGACAUUAUUAUUUUGUAAUCUCUUUUCUAUAGUUGAACUACAAUGUACUCUUCCUUUCAUUAAUUUCAU